AUGGUUGAAACAGGUCACAACGUCUCGGUGGCCUUUGCGCUCAACAUCGCCGCUGGAGCUGCCACGAUCCUAGGUGGCAUGGUCGUAUUCAGCAAGCGUCUCGUAUACUUGGCCAACCCAUUAAGUUUGGCUGUCGCUCUGAGUAUUUCGUCCGGUGUGAUGAUGUUCAUCUCGCUGGUGGAGAUCUUCGGUGAAUCGGUGCACCUAUUGACCGAAGGAAUUAAGACCGAAGACAUGACUGAGGAGACGGCAACUGGUCAUGGUUGGCUCGCUGCAACGGCAUGCUUCGCAGUCGGUAUCUUGCUCAUCUACUUCAUCGAUAUCAUCGUACACAAGAUUUCGCCUGAACACGAGAUGACAGAGAUCGAAAACCUGCAAGAUGUUCGCGAAUCCAUGCGUGAUUUUGAAAGCAUCAAACAAUCUAACAAGUUUUCGACUCCGAACUUAGAGGCCGGCCCGUCGACCUGUGCUGAGCCUACUACCCAGUACUUUAAGAUGGACGAGAACGCCAAGCGUGCCUUGCAGCGCAUGGGUGUGCUCAGUGCUCUUGCUAUUGGUAUCCACAACCUGCCGGAAGGUAUCGCCACCUAUGUCGGUGCUAUCCAAAACUCCUCCGUCGGAUUCUCACUUGCUGUGGGUAUCGGUCUUCACAACAUUCCCGAAGGCAUCGCCGUCGCUGCCCCCAUCUACUUCGCCACUGGUUCUCGCUGGCGUGGCAUCAUGUGGUGCGCCAUUUCUGCGGCGGCUGAGCCGAUUGGUGGAGUCAUCGCGUGGUUGGCGAUUGGUGAUGGUAUGGACCCUGUCUCGGAAGGUAUCCUGUUCGGAAUCGUGUGCGGUAUCAUGGUGUGUAUCUGCGUCAAGGAGCUCAUUCCUACGUCAUACAAGUUUGCGAAGGACAAGACGCACAUCGUUGCCGUGGGCAUGUUUGCUGGUAUGUUCAUCAUGGUUUCGAGUCUUACGCUCUUCGGCUACGCCGGCGUGUAAAAGAACAACAAAGUGCCAGUAAAAUUGGCCUAAUAUGCAAGUCCUUGCUUGCCUAAUCGUAAUAGCCUGCGUUAACGAACCUGAAAUCUGUUGCAUCA